GUUAAACGGUUUCGGCGGGUCCGUGAGCGCUCCUGCUGAAAUCUCAUCGGAAGGAGGGAACGUCUUUAUUUUAGCAUAUGUAUUUAUAAGUCAGAAUGCGACAGAGUUAGUUUCUACCAUUAUCUCAGCAACGAGGAUUGGGUUAUCUUUUUAAAAGCCGGGUAUCAAAAGGCUAUCACUAUGGACUCUGUAUUUUCAUCUGUGCGGUCCCUCAUACUACUGUUUGAUGGCAAAGUACAAGAAUUCAUCAGCGAUGUUGAUAAUGUCCACAUGGUUUGGCUUGAGGAGAUCCAACAAGAAGCCAACCGCAUGUUCUCAAGAGAUUUCAGUGCUGAGCCAGAACUGAUGCCAAAAACGCCUUCUCAGAAAAAAAAUAGUCGCAGAAAGCGUGUAUCCGUAGGGCGUCAAGAAGAAAGCCAAGCGAGACGAAGAUUUUCAAAGGGAAAGCGCAGCAACCUUCGUCGCCCCUCUGUCAAAGCAUUGAACUUUAUUGCUGAAGAAGCUGUUGCUGAAGUUUCUACCUCUGUGUCCAGUGCCACGAAACCUAAAGGCACAAACUACGAAAAUGCACAAGUAGAGCCGGAGGGAACAGAGGUUCUGAAUCAGCCACCUCAUGGCAGCUGUACAAAUGAGGAUGGUUGGAACAAGUUAGAAAGUUUAGAGGGAGGUAAAAGUAGCCAAAUAAAUGCAGAAGACAUGAAACACCCCAGUCAGCCACAUGGUGCUGCUCCGUCACCUCCCGAGAUACCGUCCCCUGAGGUGGUUGUGAGUAUCUCUGCAGCAGACCGCUUAUCGGCUGAGAGUGUCCAAAAGCUGGCCUCUCCUGGCCGUACAGCCAGUAAAAUAGCAAUAGCUGACACUUCUCGGACUUCACGCCGGACUUCCACCCAGUGCACCUUGAAGUUGCGUCACUCCAUGGCUGGUCUACGCCACAGAAUGACACAAGAAUCUGUUCGCCGCGCUUCAAGGCGUUCAAUGCUGAAGAAGAAAGCGGCUCGCAUGAGCAACUCUGCAUGCAGCAGUAGUGGUCAUGGCUCUGGUAGGGAAGAGAAUGCAGAGUUGGAAGUACCAACUGUUCAUGCAGAGUCUGAUGUCGGUGCUGGAAGUGAAGAGUCCAAGGAGAAAAUGGAGAUCCAAAACGACCAAAGUCUACAACAGUUUACUGGUUGCAUAACUCGUUCUGUGGCUGCAAAUUCACCAAAGUUGGCACGCUCUGCUGCUGAUCACACCACUGCUACGACUCUGAACAAUAGAACAGCUGUCACAGAAAAGCAGCAAACUUCACGGUCAAGUAAAAGACUACGUCAGAGUAUCAAACGUAAAGCACCAGAUACUGUAGAAGACAGCCCCUCAAAGAGGUUCUCUCCUCCAAAGAAAAGUAACACUGCAGUGAGGCCCAAUAUGAGGGCUUUCAUACACACUGUACAGAAGAAUCAGAUUCUAAUGAUGACUCCAAGCUCACUGGGUCGUGCUACUGUGGUGAAGUCCUUCAUUAAACACACGACUCCUCUAAAGGUUGAUCCCAAGCUCAGCGUUGGCAUAGUGACAAAGGAACGUGUCAAAUUGGAAGCACUUAAGAAGAAGCAAGAGCAAGAGGAAGAAAGGUUGAAGAAAAUGGAGGAGGAAAAGAAAAAGAAACAGGAGGAACUUAAAAGGAAAAGGGACGAGAGGUUGAGGAGAGUGUUUGAGGCAAAAGUAAAGGAAGAACAGAAGGAGGAAGAGAAAAAAAAGAAGAUUGAGCAAAAAAUGGCUCAGAUUAUUGAUAAGCACCAGGCAGAAGAGAAGGCCAAGAAGAAGGUGGCCAUGAAGCGCCAAGAGGAGCUAGAACAAAAGAGGAACUUGGAAGAAGAGGCUCGGCAGAGAAAGAUUAAACAAGCUGAGGAGUUCCUGGCCAAGCAGAAAGCUGAGGAGGACGAAAGAGCUCGUAAACUUGCUGAAGCCCAAAGGGCUUUGGAACUGAAGAGAGAACAAGAGCGUGAGAGAGAACGACAAGCUGCAGCUGAAAGGGAGAGAAUCGAGAAAGAAAAAGUUCUUGCUCUGCAAAAGGAAGUGGAGAAGGCAGCAAGAGAGAAAGAGAGGAGAGAACUGGAGGAGAAGAGAAAGGAGCUUGAGGAAAAGAGGAAACUAGAAGAGCAGCAAAGGGUCGCUGCAGAGGAGAAAGCUGCCAAAGAGAGGGAAGCAGCUGCCAUACAAAAGUCUGCUGAUAUAAAGACCCAUGGAGGCAAUGGUGCUGCCCUGAAUGUGACUGUGGAUAUUGAGUCUUCCACAAUGUGCACACCCAAAGCCAAAGGUGGUGGUCUGAAUGUGACUGUGGACAUUGAUCAGUCUCCACAGUCAUACAAGAUCACUCCAAAGGGUGGUGAUAAACCUGCAGCUUUGAAGAAUCCAGAGAAUUAUGGGAUGGACCAAAACAGUGACGAUUCUACUGAUGAUGAAUCUUCCCCUAGAAAACCAAUACCGGCUUGGGCAGAAGGUCACAACCUUCAGCACAGCAUCAUGAAGCAGUACUUCAACCCACCUGAUUUAGACGCACUAUUUGGAACUAUUGAACUCCCGAAGCUGGAAAACAUCUUUUACAAGAGCAAGCCUCGCUAUUUCAAACGCACCAGCUCUGCAGUCUGGCAGUCACCUCCUCGAAAUGGAAGUCGCUUUUAAACUGUGCGAAUGGGAUCUGGGUGAACUUGUCCUUUUUUUUGUUUGUUUGGGUUUUUCUUCACACCGCACCCCAACAGUUAUGCCUGUAUAAAAUAAACUUUUAUUUUAAAGCCUGUUUCCAAUAAGCAGUUGUUGACUGUUCCCCUGGUCAUGUUAAAUUUGGUAGUAGUCAUGGAGAUUUUGGUGAUAUUUGCAAAGCCUGUAUGAAUGUAGGUUUUAUUCUUGUACACUGUAGACACAAUAAAAUGGAUAUUUU